UCAUAAAUACCAAUACACAAUAAAUAUGACAAACAAAUAAUCAAUGAAAGGCAUUUUUUUUUUUGGAAGUUGUGCCAAAAAUCCUCAUGUUUGUGAAAUAUAAUAGUGGUUUGGAAAAUAAAAUGAACCCUCAGACGAAUUUCUUUCUAAACACAGAAAGUUAUUUGCGAUCUUUUGAUAGAAUUUCUAUUGAAAAUAAUAAAAUUGCGGACUGUCCAACAACUUUGUGCCAUCCGAAAAGUGAAAAAUAUCGCGCAGAAUCGCUUAAAAAUGACACCGUCGUGAGUUCAAAAUCAGAAAUAAGUGGUUCAUUAUUAUAUUUUGGAUAUAAUUCUGAUGAUUACGAACGUGGCUUAGAAUGGUCAACGAGUAGCUAUAAUCCCAUCCCAUUCUACAAAGAUAAACAAAAACAACGACGGGUUCGAACGACAUUUACGUCCAAACAACUCAAGGAAUUGGAAAAAAUUUUUCAAGAGACACAUUAUCCUGAUAUUUAUACACGCGAGGAGAUCGCAAUGAAAAUAGAGCUUACUGAAGCGCGUGUGCAGGUUUGGUUCCAAAACAGACGCGCCAAAUUUCGCAAACAAGAACGUCAAGUCAAUAUUGUUUGCCCCAAAGCAUCCGAGAUUUCACAAAAGCAAUUGCAAAAUCCUUUCGAAACGAGUUCUAAAUGUCUUUCGCCGUUUAUGAUGUCGACACUUCUUUCAACGGAAUCAACUUCGAAAUCUUUACAAUUGAUUAAAUGAAAAUAAAAACUAACUAAAUUAAUUAACUUUUGUAAGCUGACGAGUGCGUAAAUACAUAUAAUUUUAUAUGUGCAAUAUGUACAUAUGUAACUAUAUAGUAUUCAGUAAACGAAUUGAGACUUUCCACCAUAAAAAGCCAAG